AUGAACUCCAUUCGAGGAUCAGUCUAUCAUUUUCCGCCACCUUGUUUUUCCAGGAAUCUGUUGGAUCGUGAUGCAUUUUCUAAAAGUGAUCCGAUGUGCGUGGUAUUCCUUUCAACAGGACCUCUAAACGAUAAUAAAUUUCGGGAAGUUGGGCGUACUGAAGUGAUCCAGAAUUCUCUGAAUCCGGAAUGGAAAGAAACGGUUGAAGUGGAUUACUUCUUCGAAGAAACGCAGCGAAUUAAAUUUGAAAUGUUA